GAAACAACCGAUAAUUAUUAGCUGUUUCAGUCACUAUCUUUCAAUAUUGUUCAGUAUGUUCGAAAUUUUGGUUGCGAGGGAUUGUAACUUAUUAUUUUUCUGAAUGCAGAUGCAGGAGCUGACGCUUGCGUUUUUUCGUAGUAAUAUCCGUGGUAAAUGAAAUCGCAUGCUCUUAUUGUAGCAUGUAUCUCUAUUCGACAAAUCAUAUAAAGAUCCUCUUCGAUUAAUUGGCCUACAUAAUCGCUCCGAUAAUUAUGAAUUUGCAAACACUUUUUCAAGACUUCAAUCCAAGUAAAUUUUUGGUACAUUCCUGUUUAAUGAUAUUUACAUCUCUAUUUGCUCUUCGAUUGGAUGGCUUCAUAGAAUGGAGUUACUGGUCAAUAUUUAGUCCGAUAUGGUUUUGGAAAAGCAUGGUAAUUUUGGGAGCUAUAAUUGGAAGUUAUGUUUGGUGGAGACAUCCACAUGCAAGAUUGGAAGGAGAUGCCUAUGUACAUUAUAAAGCGAUGCUCAUUACCUUGGCGUUACAUUUAAUUCUAUUAAUGUUUGAAUUGUUGGUGUGUGACAAGUUAGAAUCAGAAAGACACUUAUGGAUACUUGUAUUUAUACCCUUGAUAUUCAUCUCAAUAGUAUCUAUUGCGGUUUGCAUCUGGGCUGUCAAACACGAUCGAUCGUUUGAGCUCGAAUUAUUCUGUGCAGUAAAUGUAUUGCAAUUUAUUUUUCUAGCCUUGAGAUUGGAUGGUUUUAUAACGUGGAGUUGGGAAGUUGUGUUUGUGCCAGUAUGGGCAUUGCUUUGUUUAUCCUUAGUAGCUGUUUUAUAUGCAAUAGUAUUUGCUGCUGUUUUAUUAAGAACACCACAGAUCAAUGCUCGUCAGAGGCGGACCUCCUUGAAUUCGGCGUUAGCAUAUACAUUUCUCGUCGUUCCCAUUUUGGUGUUCCAGGUACUAUUAGCAAAUAAAUUGGAUGGAGAUAUUUCAAUAAAUUAUACAACAGUGGCAAUGCCACUCCUUGUGUCACAUAUAACUCUUAUUUUUAUGUCUUUUGGUGCAAAAGGUGGAAAUAGAUGGUGGUUUGGUAUCAGAAAAGACUUUUGUCACUUCCUACUAGGUUUAUGUCCAUUGCUCCAAGAAUAUGGUAAUAUUUCAUAUCAACCAAGGGAUGAACGAGAUCAACCGCCAUCUGAACCGAUGAUCACGGAAAAGAGUGAAAAACUUAUUAAGAAAAUCGACCUAAUGAAACCUGUUGUGCCUAUAAUCUCUAUAGACAUGCCUGACUGAGUGGCUCAAAGCAGGGUUAACUUGUAUAUUUAAAUAUUAUUUUUAAUGCGAUUGACUUAUAUAGAGGCCAAAUAUCUGAUAUAAAAUAGUCAGGCCUUAUUAAGUCAAGAGAUUAUAUUAAAUGGAUGUAUAUGUUGGCUGGAAUAUAAGACUGAACACUUCGUAUCUCUAGGAUAGCAGAAUGUCAAAAAAAAAAUUAAGAAAUUGUAAAAAGAGCUGGAUAAAUCUAGAAAAGCCAUGUUACUGUUAAUGUUGCUGGAUAUUGUAAUAUUGAAUACCCAAUCAUUUAUUAUAUUAUAAUGUAGAAAUAAUGUACAGACUGUUAUAUCACAAUAACAUCAUGUAUGAUAGACAUUAAAUAUGGAUCUACCGCAUUGUGGUAGAUAAAUACUAGUAA